UUAUUCUGAAGGAUUCCAAAAAUCCGUGAACCGGAAGUACUUAGUUAUUCUUGCAUGCGUCACGGCCGUAUGAGAUAACACUCCUAUCGUUUGUUUGCGGAUGGCCAUAACAUUAUAGAAGAAGAGUCACAAUAACAACACAGCUCAAUUUCCUUCACAGCAAAGAAGUUCACUUUAUUGUAUUACUCAAUACGUUGCAAGUGUAAGCUACAUGUGUUACAAACAAUACGUCAAGAAACAAUAACGAAGCAGCAAGUAAGUGCUUGUUUGAGUUAGCAGCGAAACUCACGUGAAAGUUUGCCAGGACGGUUGUUCUUUUUCCCGAAGGAAGACGUGGGAUUUGAGGGGGAAAAUGGCCACCACAUCUUCUCUUCCAGAGGAGGACCUCACCUGUCCCGUAUGCCGAGACAUCUUCAGAGACCCAGUCAUCCUGUUGUGUAGCCACAGCUUCUGUAAAGACUGUAUACAUGGCUACUGGAGGGAGAGAGAAGUGAAGGAAUGUCCAGUUUGUAGGAAAAGAUCAAAACUCAGUGAUGCACCCCUCAACCGGGCUUUGAAGAACCUCUGUGAGGCCUACUCAAAGGAGAAAGCAUCUGCAGGUGUCCUCUGCAGUCUGCAUGGGGAGAAAUACAAACUUUUCUGUCGUGACCACGGACAACCUGCCUGCCUGGUGUGCCAGACUUCUGAGUUACACACAAACCACAAGUUCUGCCCCAUGGACGAAGCUGCCAAAGAAUAUAAGGAGUCUGUGCUGAAGCUCCUACAGAACAAACUGGAGGUCCUUGAGGCAGACAGUCGAAAUUGUGUUCAAACGGCAGAUACUAUCACGAGCCAGGCCCUGUCCACAGAGAGGAAAAUAAGGGAACAGUUUGAGGAGCUUCACCAGUUUCUACGGAAUGAAACGGUAGUCAGGAUAGCUGCCCUGAAGCAGGAAGAAGACAACAAGAGUCAAAUGAUGAUGAGGAAGAUUGAGGAGAUGAACAGAGAGAUCUCGUCCCUUUCUGACACCAUCCAAACCCUAGAGGAAGAGCUAGGGGCUGAAAACAUUUCUUUGCUACAGGACUACGAGGUCAUCAAGAAAAGAGUUCAGUGCAUAUUGCCAGAUCCAGAGAGGGUUUCAGGGGCGCUGAUUCAUGUGGCCAGACACCUUGGCAACCUGCAGUUCAGAGUCUGGAAGAACAUGCAGGAAAUUGUUGAGUACACUCCUGUGAUUCUGGAUCCCAACACUGCUCACCCAGAUCUCAUCCUGUCUGGUGACCUGACCAGCUUCACAUGCAGACUCAGUGAUGACCAACAGCAGCUUCCUGACAACCCAGAGAGGUUUAAACACCGCUAUGCUGUCCUGGGCUCCGAGGGCUUCAGCUCGGGGACACACAGUUGGGACGUAGAGGUUGGGGACAGCAAAGAGUGGGCAGUAGGUGUAGCCAUAGAGUCUUGCGAUAGGAAGGAGACGUCUCGGUGGCAUAUUAGUGGAGUCUGGUAUGUACUCUCAAGAGAAGGGAGUGACUAUAUUGACCAAGUGUCACCGAAUGCAUGUUACUGUCUUGAACCCUUUAAAGUGAAACCCCAGAGGAUCCGAGUGCAGCUGGACUGGGACAAAGAAACGGUGUCACUUUCUGAUCCUGUCAAUAACCAACGCAUUGGGUGUUUCUUCAAAAACCCUCAAAUAUUUUCACUGAGUUUCACUGAGAGAAUUUUUCCGUUCCUUAGUGGGGACUAUGUCAGGGUUAUGCCAGUGAAGGCCUCUGUAACAGUAUAGUACAAUUAGAGCUGAUCAUUACAGAAGUCGGGGUUCCUGUGAAAACAAAACUACAAGCUAAAAGGCAAUUGACACAAACGAUUGCUGUGGGAACAUUGUUGACCAAUUUCAAAUGCAUUAAUUGAAAUGAAUCAUUUGGUUCAUUUUAAUGUGUCUUAAUAUCAGUAAACCCUUGUCUGAUAGACAUGAGAACUGCGGGUUUAGUUCUGUUUGCUGUUUUUCAGUGAUUGUGCCUGCUGCUGAAUCUCAUUCAACAUCGACUUAAUGGGACAGAUUUGGAAUAUAUUGGGGGUUUUCCAUUUUGAAUGCCAGGUGUACUGAACACAGAUAUCCUCGUUGGCUUUUUGAACAGUUUGUCUAGAGAAAUGUUACUGUUGUUCAGUUAAUCUUCUAGUGAAGUAUCCGCUAACCAAGUAUGAUACAGCAAUCUGUCAGUCAAUGACAUGCAUUAAUUAGUUGAUGCAACACUACCUUUGACUCAGCCAGGCUGUGACUGAGAUCCCACUCACCCUCUCUCUCCCACUUCCUCUCCAAAGAUCUGACUCCCUCCCACUUCCUCUCCAAAGAUCUGACUCCCUCCCACUUCCUCUCCAAAGAUCUGACUCUCUCCCACUUCCUCUCCAAAGAUCUGACUCCCUCUCACUUCCUGAAUUCAUCCUUCUGGUUUUUUAUUUACUGUUUUGUUAUUUAGCCUUUUUAAGCGCUUUGAGGUUUCUUCUCUAUGAGUAAUGGUCUUCCUGUCUGUGAAGUGUGCUUCUCCAUUCUAGUGUAAUUCUAUGUAAUGUAAGUUGAGUAAUUGCUGCUGUGUUUAAUACCAUGUUCAUGUUUUACAGCCUUUCUCAUGUAUUAAGUCAGUUUUCAUUUUAUACAUAAAAUUACAUUUAAAUCUG